GCUGUUGUGAAACGAAACCGACGGGCAGGAAAAGAGAAGAUCCGGUCGGCGUGGUGCAGGAGUGUAACGCUGCUUCGGAUUAAUAACACUGUGAAGUUAAUAAUUUUAUUAAUCUGCGUCGUUACAAGUGGGCGGCUUGUGUCGAGCAGAAUGAGCUGUCUGUGGAUGGGCAAUCUGGAGCCCUACAUGGAUGAGAAGUUCAUCUCCCGGGCCUUCGCCACCAUGGGGGAGCUGGUGGUGGGCGUGCGGAUCAUCCGCAACCGGGGGACGUGGGGUGCUGCAGGUUACUGCUUCGUGGAGCUGGCAGACGAGGCGACAGCAGAACGGUGUCUUCGUAAGAUCAAUGGGAAGCCCCUUCCAGGGGCCACACCGCCGAAAAGGUUCAAGCUAAACAGAGCUACGUACGGCCGUCAAGGAGACAGCAGAGGCGGUUACCCGGACAACAGGUAUUCCCAGCCCUACCCUUACAGCCAUAACCAGUAUUACCAGCAAUAUCCCAACUACUACUCAAACUGGGGCUAUGACCAGAAUUCACCAAACUAUGGCUACAACUACAACCAGUACGACUAUUCCUCACAGUCAUAUGACGAGAUUGAAGACGAUGGGCUGGAAGAUCCCAAUGUUGAAAUAGAUGUGGUGGAGGCCAACCAGCAGUUCAUGGAGGAGAGUGAAGAGCUGUACGACGCACUGAUGGACUGCCAUUGGCCGUCACAGGGAUCCCCAGGACUGCCUGUGUCUGCUUAGGGCCACACAUGGACUUUGGGGGGGGGGGGCGAUCAUGUGACCCCUGCCCACAUGACCAGGUCUGACAGCCAGGUCCGUUGCCCCUGAGACGCGUCAGUGCAGACCAGCACUUUCUGCACUUUUCUGCAUCUCCAAAGAUUCAUGGAAAUCUUUUCUUCUCCAGCGGACAUUUUUUCGUCAUUCCCUGAUCCUGUACUGUUACCUUUUAAAUUGUAUUGUUAAAACCUUUCUUGUGUAUACAACUGCAGAUUAAUUGCGCAAAUACACCAGUUUACUUUAGUAAUGCUAAGGCACAGUACAUUGAAUAGUGUCAGCUGUAGGUUUGUGUGAGCAGCGAGGGCCCUUUAGCCCAGAAGUACGUCUUUUUCAGGAGUUACCCCGUAUUUUUGAACAGUUUAGUCUGUCACUGUUGUAUGUUCAGUGCAUUUUCUCAUUGACUUUUAUAAAUCGUUUGCACUGGACCUUCUAUCUUCUACAAAGAAGUUCUCACAUAGGAAAAUUAGGCAAUUAAAACUUCAGUUACAGUAGUUUAAAAGUAAAUCAUACUCUGAUAAUACUUGCCGUUCAAAGGUAAUAUUUUGAAAAAGAAAUAAAGUGAUCCAAGUGAUUUCUGAUCCA